AUGUCGAGCAGAUUAGAAAUUCCUCAUCUAAGCGAGGAAGAGUCAACGUUCUUUCGAACGUUGUACAAAGACUUGCAUCAGAACCCAGGCCUUUCAUUCCAAGAGAGUUACGCAGCAGAUAUUGCCCAGAAACUCUUGGUCGAGUAUGGGUACACCGUGACCAGCAAGAUUGGAGGAUAUGGACUGAUUGGGGUGAUGAAGAGGGGAUCUGGGAAAACAAUACUAUUGAGAGCAGACAUGGAUGGAUUACCGGUAGAAGAGUUGACUGGUCUUCCUUAUGCCUCGCAAAAGCGGCAAAUCGACAGUGAUGGGAUCGAAAAACCGGUGAUGCAUGCUUGUGGUCAUGACGUGCAUGUGGCAUGUAUGCUUGGAGCGGCCAAAGUUUUGAGUCGCAGCACGACUCAAUGGAAUGGGACCUUGGUAGUGCUAUUUCAACCGAGUGAAGAACGAGCGUUCGGCGCCAAAGCAAUGGUAGAUACCGGGCUCUAUGAUCCUAACAAAAUUGCAUGCCCUAUCCCAGAUGUGGUUCUAGGGCAGCAUGUGAUGCCAUUUCGUGCUGGGAUGGUCGGCACAUGUCACGGAGUGAUGGCUGCUUCAGCAGAUGGCUUCGAUGUCACCGUCUAUGGCCGAGGCGGCCACGCUAGUCAACCUCACACAACCAUCGACCCCGUUGUCCUGGCAUCUCAUAUUGUCGUGAGACUGCAGACGAUUGUCAGCCGCGAGGCCCCGCCGUCCCACAAUGUUGUCUUGACAGUUGGAAGCAUUGACGCCGGGCUGACCGAGAAUAUCAUUGCGGAACAUGCCACCAUCAAAUUGACGAUCCGCAGUAACGAUAUUAAAACCCGCGAGAAAGUCAUCAAGGCAAUGAAAAGGAUUGUGCAAGCUGAAUGUGCUGCGUCGGACAGUCCCAAGGAACCCGUUUUCCGAGAGACAACGGCGGCUCCCUGCACAGUCAAUGACAGAGCUGUAACCACCCAACUGGAGGCGGCUUUCAGUGCGGCUUUUGGUGAAGAUUACAUCAAAGAUGCACCUGGCCUCGGUGGCUCGGAGGACUUUGCCAAUUUAGCCCUACCAAUUAACAAACCUUACUGCUACUGGACUCUUGGAGGCAUUGACCGAGCCAAGUGGGACGAGGCUGAAAAGAAGGGAACCAUUCAAGCGGACAUACCAACCAACCACAAUCCCUUUUUCGCGCCUGAGGUCGAGCCCACUUUGAGCAGUGGGGUGCGUGCUCUAGUUGCUGCAAGUAUCAGCUGUCUCGGAAUGGUUUAA